AGAGGAAAUUGCAGGCGGGGUUUGGUGUGUGUGUGUGUGAGUGUGUGUGUGUGUGUGUUGAGAAAGUCAGCUGAGAGAUUGUCUGUACUUCAGCGGGAAUAUCGGCUUCUGAGGGAGGAAAAGCAGUGAGAGUGGCCGGACUGCGCUUUUUGGACUUUUUUCCUGCUCCUGUUGCAAGUGAAUGUACAAUCAGGAGGUGAACACUUACUAACAUGGCAGUAGCUGAAUGUCCGGAUUACUUCCUACAUCACCCAAAUUAUCAGGACAAUGUCGACCGAACUGCCAAUCACAGGCCAGCGAAUCUAAUCGGGUCAAGUUUCCAACAGGCAGCCAGUCGGAACUCUCCUAACCACCAAGAGGAUGACGUGGAUCUGGAGGCUCUGGUGAAUGAUAUGAACUCAUCGUUUGAGAGUCUGUACCCCGCGGGCAGUGUGCAGUGCGAGUCUGCCCCCCUGUUACACAACGGCCAGCACACGCACACACAUGCCCACGCACACGCUCAGCCCAUCUCGCCGCACCAGAGACUGCGCCGCUCCCAGCCCAUGCACAUCCUCGCCGUCAGGAGGCUGCAGGAGGAAGAGCUGCAGUUUCGGACAUCGUCUCUGCCUGCCAUCCCAAAUCCCUUCCCCGAGUUGUGUAGUCCAGCCAGUUCACCCACAGCCUGUCCCGGCUCUUUACCUCCGUGUCAAGCCUCAGACAAACAUAUUGUUAAAAUCUUCAGCGAGGAUGGCAUGGGCAAAGUGGUAGAGAUCCCGUCCGGCAUGACGGCGCGAGACCUGUGCCAGCUGCUCGUGUACAAAAGCCACUGCGUGGACGACAACAGUUGGGCGCUGGUGGAGCAUCACCCAUCCUUAGGGCUAGAGAGAUGCUUAGAAGACCAUGAGCUUGUAGUUCAAGUGCAGGCGUCCAUGACUAGCGAGAGCAAGUUUGUCUUCAGGAAGAACUAUGCCAAAUAUGAAUUCUUCAAAAAUCCUCUGAACUUCUUUCCAGAGCAGAUGGUGGCCUGGUGUCAAGAAAGCAACGGGACCAUUCCUCCAUCUCAGCUGUUGCAAAACUUCUUAAACUCCAGCAGUUGUCCAGAAAUCCAGGGUUACCUGUAUGUGAAAGAGACAGGCAGGAAGUCAUGGAAAAAGCUGUAUGUGUUUUUGAGACGCUCAGGAUUAUACUACUCGACGAAAGGAACGUCAAAGGAACCAAGGCAUUUGCAGUUACUAGCAGACCUUGAAGACAGCAACAUCUUUACUGUAAUAGCAGGCAAGAAGCUUCACAAUGCACCAACAGAGUACGAGUUUUGUAUAAAGCCCAACAAGGUCCGGAGUGAGCAGAAGGAACUGAGAAUGUUGUGUGCGGAAGACGAGCAGACCAGAACGUGCUGGAUGACGGCCUUCAGAUUGUUUAAGUAUGGAAUUCUACUUUAUCAGAACUAUAAAAUCCCACAGCAGAGAAAAGCUUUGCUCUCACACUUCCCAGCACCAAUGAGGAGUGUGUCGGAGAACUCUCUAGUAGCCAUGGAUUUCUCAGGGACAAUAGGCAGGGUGAUUGACAAUCCUGUGGAAGCUCAGAGUGCUGCUCUGGAGGAGGCCCAUGCCUGGAGGAAGAGAAGUCAGCGCAUGAACACUUUGGGGAGCCCUAGUCCACUCCACCCCUCAUCGUUAAGUGGAGUGAUACACAAAACUCAGCUUUGGUUUCACGGUCGAAUCACAAGAGAGGAAUCGCACAGGCUGAUGCACCAACAGGGCCAAGUGGAUGGAUUGUUUCUGUUGAGGGACAGCCAGAGCAACCCGAAAGCCUUCGUGCUUACCAUGUGUCACCACCAGAAAAUCAAACACUUUCAAAUUUUACUGUGUGAAGAGGACGGUCAAAUGUUCUUCAGCCUUGAUGAUGGCACCACCAAAUUCACGGACCUGAUCCAGCUGGUGGAGUUCUACCAGCUCAACCGAGGAGUUCUGCCUUGCAAACUCAAGCACCCCUGCACCAUGGUGGCCUUAUGACCCCCCCAAACCUACCAUUGGUUCUCUGAGAAUUGGAAUGUUUCACCUGGUUUAAUGAUGUGCAAGUGACUUGCUGUCCACCGACAAGUACUCUGCAGGCAUUCCUAUAUGAUUUCCAGAGGAACUGCAAGGGCUAUGAUGAAGCUAUCAAGAAAUCUAUCAAGAAAGAGAAAGAAAGCUAUCGAAAAAGAUCUUAGUUGGCAGCAAGCCUUGAUCCACUGGUAAACUCUAAAGGUUCUUCCUCAUAAAAUCAUCAGAGGGUCCUUUAUGAUGAUCUGAAUAUCCUGUUCAAUGUAAUCAGAUGGUCCGUUGUGUUGGAAAGAUCUCUAUGAUGAUGGAAGACGGACCAUCACAAGGUCCGUUGUUUUGGAAAGAUCUCUAGAGCCUGUAGAGGGUGGAAGACGGACACUUGACAUCUAGUUGGAGUUUGACUUUAAAGCACAGGAAACAACUGAGCUAUAAAUGGUGUAGUCAGAAACCCAAGAGUCAAUUGAAUCCUCCUGUAGAUCUAUCUACGAUUGCUUGGAGCAAUAGGAGGUAGGAGGUCAAAGCACAGGACUGUAAAAGAGACUUUGGACAUGGUUUGUGAACGAAAUCAUACAUUUUGCUCUUUGCUAGGCCUCUUUCUCCAGCUUCCUCCAUCUGGAUUAAAAGAAUGUUACACUGCUCAUAUGGUUUAUAUAUAUAUAUAUAUAUAUAUAUAUAUAUAUAUAUAUAUAUAUAUAUAUAUAUAUAUAUAGUUAAUAAGCUCUUUCAGAUCACUGUCCACUUGACACAGUCCCCUUUUGCACUCUGUUUUGACUUUGUGUCACUGUAAAGCCUUAGCUAAUUUCCAAAUGUUCCACCACCCCUCUGAGACAUCAUUUAAGCAUUUGAAAUGCCCUCUGCUGGCCAUCCAGGGUAAUACAACCUGAAGUGGGUGCUUGGAUCAGCUUCACAACUGCCACCAUUAGACCAGGCACCUUGAAGAGGACAAAAAUUGGAAAAACAGUGGAAGAAUAACCACUACGAUCCCCUGAAAAAUGGCAAACUGCAGGGAGCUCCGUUACAACGGAUGCCAUCUUUUUAUUUUGAGAUGAAAUCAAGGGGCAGGAAUCACCAGAUCUUCUUGUUUGUCCUUUCAGUGUAUUGGUAGAUCAAUAGGACAGUGCACUGUGAAACUUCCAGAACAGCUGGGGCUCUGUUUCCUUUACUGCCUUGUUCAGUAGUAGCACGAUAUAUGGAUGGAUUUGCAACAAUAUUUUCAAAUUGUGACUUUAUGGAAGAGCCAUCUUUAGUAUUUACUUAAUAACAUAUUAAGCUAGAUGGAAAAGGCCUGGCCGCAGUGUCUACGAGCUCUGUUGAGUGAUCAUGAUUACACAGAUAUAAAUGCAAAUGAUGCAAUCAUUUUUAAGUGUUGUUUCCGUGGAUCUAUUUAUUUAUCUGGAUCUGAAUGAUUACUUGAAAUUUAGUGAAUUCUCAGCGCUGUUCUGUACUGCUCUUUGACAAUUUUUUGCAAACAUAUUGAGCCUCAUGUAUUUUAUUUCACCUAAUAUCAGAAAUUUGUUAUACUAACCCUGUUUUAUUGAGCUCGUCACAAUUAUCUGCUGUAUUGUUGCAUUAUACUUCUGGCCUUGUUAUCAUCACCAUUAUGUUCACAAAUACAAACGUUUUGUAAUUUGUAGUUGUCACCAUAUUUCCCCUUUGCUCACUGAUUUUAUUUAGUCUUUCAUGAAAAAGGAAAAGACUCAUACUAAUGAAUUUUUCUAAGAUUUGCACAUUAUUACACUGAUGAAAAUUGGAUGAGUUUUUUAGCUCAUUUUUGCUUGGUUUUUGUGCUGAAGACUGUGGGUGGCCAGAAAUUGGUCCACAACAACCCCACUGUCUUGUGAGGAAACAAAAGCAGACUUUUUUCAAUGUAAUUUCUCUUGUAUUAGCACUUUUUAUUCCUUUUUUUUUUUUUUAACAUCCAUGGAGAAGAUUCCGGGCCAGACAGAAACGUGAAACACAAUACACAGACAGCAUUGCUUUUCAUUGUGACAUGAGGAUGACAUGCCACACUGAAAAGCAAAACCUUCAUUGCAUUGCUCAUUGCUCAGCAGGGGAUUGCUUUUUAACAAUUGAAUGCUGACUUUGCAUUUGAUGUGUUGCGUUGCAUUUCACUUUAAUCAGGGUGUUGCAGUCCUGCCACGCUGAAAUGCAAUAACUGUCCAAUCACAGCCCUAAGGCACACUCGCGGGGCAUUGUUUGUGUUUGGAUUAGAGCCUAAACGCAUCCUAAAAGGAACAUCUAGCUGAAGAAAACUCCACUAUAUCAGCAGUUCGAGGGGUUUUGAUUCAUAUUAGAUGUUGAUUGCUUGGAGCCUUCCUUUCCCUGACCCUCUCUAUCAUUGUAGAAGACCUAUUACAGAUCAAAGAUGUCAUGUGAAAAUGGCUUGCAACAUUCAUAGAAUAAUCAUACUCUCGCAGAAAAAAAAAGUACUAAACCAUGCCUUUCCUUGUCACUGGGGUGGAACUCUCAGGGUACAUCUUUUUUAUCUUUCACAUGGUAAUUUGAAUGGAGUGUAAAAGAUUUGAGGAUGACAUGCCACACUGAACCUUAAGGACCUGUCAUACUUUUUAAUUAGCUUUCAGAGUAUAAUUUACAUGCAUCUUUCCAGGUAAAACACAAAAGGUACGAAAGAUGUACCCUUGAGGGUACGAACCCAGCAACAAGAAAAGAUACAGUUUAGUUACAAUUUACAGGUUUUUUCUGAAUGGACAACCUGAUAUCCCUUUUUGUGUGCAAAAUCAUAGUAAAAGCAAAGAUUCACACAGAAGUUACAGCCUUUUUGUUCAGGUUUUCUCUGCUUUUAUCCUGGUCCAUUCUUUAGUAAACUAUCUUGCUUUAAAGCUUUACUCCACUAAAAAAAGGAAAUCCUCAGUUGUAGGAUUUGAUGAAAAACUUUCAAUGCUUCCUUCAGUUGGGAAAAUUGAAGAAUUCUCACUUUAGGGCUGCUUGGUGCAGAGGCACCAACAUGGGCAGUUUAGUCAUAGCAUUUACGGUUUUUGAACCCUUGCUGUGAUGUGUUGUAUAUUACUCUGUUCUUUUUUUUUUUUUCUCAGAAAAAAGCAGCAGUCAAACCAAACAAAAUUCACCCAGCAGAAAAGGCAUUUCACUGAAGGGGAAAGGGCAUGAAAGAGAUGCAUUUGCUUCUGGUGAUGGUUAUCCGCCUUUACCUAGUUGAACUUUGACCUAUAAUUUUACAAACCUCGUGCAUAUGAGCUAGUAGAAAACAAAUGGGCCAGAAAAAAUGGAGGCACUGCUAAUUAUUAAGUAAUAGUCACAUCGUACUUUAGCCUCGCAGUUUUCUUACUGUUGCUUGGUGCAAACCUGAAAAAAAAAAAUGCCCUGUCUCAUCCCCUAACAUUUUGAGAUUUCCUUGUUAUAGUACAGCAUUGCAGCCCUAGUUUAAUUUGUAGCAAUACCAUUUCAUCUAAAAUUUCAUCGUCUAGUUUCAUCCAGUAACAUUUUUGUGCUGCUUUUGUCCUCAUUAAAAUGAUCCGCAUUCUGAAUCUGAAAGCUCCAGCUCAAAUUCAUUUCUGUCACCUUCACAACACUAACAAAUUAAUACUAAACAAACUAAUAAUUUUUCUGUAUGUCUACACAAUAAAAACUUAAAAAGCCUAUAGAUUUGACACUGUAUAUUAGGUUUAUUUAGGUUUAUUUAGGUUUACUAGGUAUAUUCGUGUUUUGUGUGUGUGUGUUUUUUUUUUGUUGUUGUUGUUCUUGUUGUUUUUUUCAUGAUGGCUUACAAAAUGAAGAAACUUGACCUGUAGUUUUUGUUAUGUUUGUUUAUUUGUUUGUUUGUUUGUUUUGUUUUUUUUUGGGGGGGGGUGUUUUGUUUUUUGGGGUUGUUUGGUUGGUUUUUUGUGUGUGUAAAUAUGUUGUUUUAUUCUGUUUCUCAGUGUUCAAGGUCAUCUAACAUUUAAAUUAAGCUGGUAAAAAAAAGAAACUGGAGUAUGGGGUGAACUUCUUGUGGUCACAGUAACUAUUAAGCUAAAAGUUUUUUCCACAGAAUACACUUUGAAAAUGCUAACCUAGCAUUCUUGGACAGUGUGUUUUUGUUUAUACACAGUGAAAGCUUAAGCAUAAUGUCCUGAUGUUCAGAUGAGCUGGUAUUGUGAAUCAUUUACAGCAUGUGUGAACUGUUGAGAGUACAUCAGCGAAUUAAAUAAAUAUAGAUUUUUUUUAAUAUUUAAAAGAAAUGAAUGUAACUGGGUUGCUCAGGGUUGAUGUGGAGCCUGAUGACACCUGGUCCCCAGGACUGGUGCCGUUUCUAGAAUUUUCUCUAUACUUUCCUAGUCUUUUACCUUUGACAACUCAUGGUGUUAUCAUUGAGUUUUAGGAUAUACCCAUCUUUUCUAGUUUUUGUGUUGUUUUUCAUACCAUUCAACCAUAUAUAGAACGUGAAACAGUGCUAAAAUGUUAGAGUUUCUUAUUGGUUUUAGCUUUACUUUGUUUUAUGAAGCAUAAAAUCCAGCAGGUGCCUCAGACCUCCACCCUUGUCUCCAUUUACACAAACACACUAACCAGAUUUUUGUAUAUAUUAGAUGGCUAGGAUCGGUUUCUGUCUUUCAUAUCUAUAUGGACAAUAGGGCAGCAGUCUUAAUCUGAGACACCUAAAACAUCCAGGUUAGGUGUCCACAGGUGUACACCAGAUGUAAUCUGUGUGGGCACUGGAUAUUAAUGACCUGCAGUGCGUAAGCCCCUUUCUUUAGUAACAGUAACAUACGUGUCUUUGCUCCUCCUGUCACCGUGCAAAAAAGUGUGACUGUACAUACAUAUAGAUAUAUACAUAAAUAUAUGUUUUUCAGGGAAUGAAAACAAAAAGCAAGGAAAAAAAGCUUUUUUUUUUUUUUUUGAAGGUCCUGUAUUGAUAAUGUGCUUUGCUUGGUCUUGUAAAUAGCUGAAUGGCUUAUGCUAACUGUAACCUUUUCAGGUAUUUUUGUACAAAUAAGGGUCUGCUAUAUUCUGUUUAUUGUAAGUAGAAUAAAACAUUAAUACAUUGCUAUAA